GUGUUUGGAAAGCCACCAUGUUCGCUGUUCCGUACAUCGGCUGUAUGUUCGCGGAAACUCGAUGAAUUGAAGGGUAAAUUAUUCCGUGGUGCACAGUCCCGAAAAAACAAUUUUCGUCUGGAUGACAUGAUUGAAGAGCGAUUGGAUGAUGUUGUUUCGUUUCAGAGUCGUGCAUUACAAGAAUUUGGCUUGGUUCGCGAUCAUCUGCAGGAUUUACCAAGAAAAGAGCUUUUUCCGAAAAGGGCUGUGUAUUCUCUGGAUGAUGUAUACCAGAAAGCAUUGCAGGUGCACGGCAGUGAGCGAGCAAUACAGCAGCGGAUGCGUUUGUUCCAGAAAUAUUUGUAUCAAAAUCCCAUAUACGAUGGACGGCAGAGGAAAAAAGAGCCUGCACUAGCGACCAGUCAGGAUGCCAGCAAAGCUGUGAAGUUUGCACUUGGAACAAAUUUUCUUGACGUCUGUUUCAAGUUAUAUGGGUCACUGAUCACUGGGUCAAAAAGCUUAGCAGCUGAAGGGUUGCACAGUUCGCUGGAUUUAACCAAUCAAAUAAUCCUAAUUUAUGGAAUCCGAUGGUCCAGGUUAAAUCCAACGCCAGCUUUUCCAUACGGUUAUGGUAAUGCACGAUACAUUGCUUCGCUGAUCAGCGGUUGUUGGCUUUUUGGCUUCGGUGGUGGAAUUUCGUUGUAUCACGGUAUCACUGGUUUGCUACAUCCUCAUGCUAUCGAAUCACCAAAAUGGGCAAGCUUCUUGUAG